AUGGCGACGUACGCGAUGGCGGACGUCGCGAAACACGCGACGGCGAACGACUGCUGGAUGGUCAUCGGCGACGGGGUGUACGAUUUAACGAAAUUCGCGGCGUUUCACCCGGGAGGGGCGUCGUUCAUCGUCGCGGCGGCGGGACAGGACGCCACGGAGGCGUUUUACGCGCUGCACCGGAGCGAGAUCCUGGAGAAGACGGCGAAGAAGUAUAAAAUAGGGACGCUGGCGGGGGCGAAGUCGCUGGCGCCGACGCGAGGGGCGCUGAGUAAGGUGCCGUACGCGGAACCGAGCGCGUUUCAGGGAGCGCCGAGCCCGUAUUACGAUGAAUCGCACGUGCGGUUUCGACAGGCGGUGCGAGCGUUCUAUGAUGAGCACGUUCGGCCGGAUAUGGUGCAGAAGGACAUCGCGGGGCAACCGCCGUCGAAGGAGCUGUACGAAAAGCUCGGGAAGGCUGGGAUGUUCGCGACUCGGCUGCAGCCGGGGCCGUGGAUGAAGGAUUGCGUCGAUAACUGUGGGAUGACGCUUCCGGGCGGGCUGACGCCGGAAAAGUUCGACACGUUUCACGAGAUGAUCGCGCACGAGGAGCUCGGACGGUUGGGCGUGCCGGGGUACUGCGACGGUAUCGGCGCCGGGUUCGUCAUCGGCGUGCCGCCGGUGCUCAUGUUUGCGCGACCAGAAGUGCGCCAAAAGGUUGGCCGUGAGUGCAUCAUGGGCCAGAAGCGCAUCUGUUUGGCGAUCAGUGAUCCGUUCGCGGGAAGCGACGUGGCGGCGAUUCAAUGCACGGCGACGAAGACUCCCGACGGCAAGCACUACAUCGUGAACGGUGUCAAGAAGUGGAUCACGAACGGUACGUUCUGCGAUUACUUCACCACUGCCGUUCGAACCGGUGGCAAAGGCUUGCAAGCGCUGUCUUUGCUCCUCAUCGAGCGCGGUGAGGGCGUCGAGACGAACCCCAUCAAGACGGCGUACAGCCCGGCGGCCGGGACGUCUUACAUCAUCUUUGAAAACGUCAAGGUGCCGGUCGAAAACUUACUCGGUCGCGAAGGCGAUGGCUUCAAGCUCAUCAUGCACAACUUCAACCACGAGCGUUGGAUGAUCGUCGCCGGUACGAACGGCGCGAUGCGCAACGUGCUCAAGGAAUGCUACACGUUUGCCCACCAACGCAAGACUUUUGGGAAAAAGUUGAUCGAGCAACCGGUGAUCCGCAACAAGCUCGCACGAAUGACAUCUCAACUCGAGGCCGUGGAGUGCUGGACCGAGUCCAUCACGUACCAAAUGGGUGUGCUCACGCACGCGCAACAAGCCGUGGCGCUCGCCGGUCCCAUCGCGCUGUUAAAGUUUUUGUGCACCCGCGUCGCCAACUUCUUCGCCGACGAGAGCGCGCAAAUCUUCGGCGGUCGCGGAAUCACGCGCACGGGCAUGGGCAGAAUAAUCGAAGGUUUUAACCGCGCGGCCAAGUUCUCCGCCAUCCUCGGUGGUUCGGAGGAAGUCAUGGCCGACCUCGGCGUGAAGCAAGCCGAGCGCGGAUUUCCCGCCGACGCGCGACUUUAG